AAAACGAUAUACCAUCGGGUGUGAUUGUGUUAAACCCUUAGCCCGACUGUGCGGUGUGUUUGUCGGUGGAAGGAAAAUGCUCUAACAAAAGGUGCUCUCCCCUAUUCCCUUUCCAGGAAAAUUGAAGUGAAGAUAAAUCCGUUUAUUCGAUGUAAAAAAAAAUAUAAAAAUUGUGUUGGAUAGAAAUUAAGUGUUAAACGAGUUUAUAUUGAAGUUAUCAGUGUUAAAAAUCUAAUCGAUGCAAUAGUAAAUAUUAAAAAAAUGGAAUCGGAUUUGAAACGCGACGAUAGUAUUCGUAAAAGUAUCCGCAUCCCGGCGCACAGAUUCGGAAAAGGUUUAGCACCACUACCGCCAAAACCGGAGUACACCAAACUCCAAGAUAUUGACAUCAAACCAUCGAGUUCGCCUAGUCCUAAAAAACUGGGAGCUGGAAGUGGUACAACCGAAACAUCAUUCACGGUCAGCAAACGUUCGCCAAUUGUCUUGCCAAAAUUAUUUCCGUCCAGAAGUGAAUUUCUUGCCGCUAAAGCUAAAGAAGCAAACCGUGCACUGCAUAUAGUUCCGCCGAAAACCAAAGCCGAAAGUCCUCCACCUGAACGACCUCCAAGUCCUCCCAAGACAACCCCCAACAACAGCGCCAUCUCCAAUGGAAAUGGAAGCGCUGUUGAUAUGCCAGAAUCAGAUCCUCUGGGAUCUAUUGAGAAACAUAUAAACGAUGUUGAGGCUUCGUUCAAGAAAAAGCUGAAAUUGAGUACGGAUGAUAUCGAUGAUGAUUUCGUUAAGAAAAGUCGGAGGUAUGGUGAACAUGAGAACCUCCUGCAACCUGGCAACAGUGAUAUAGCCUCAGGAACAGGGCUUUGUUACCUACGUGGCGAGGAUACUGAAACGGGACCAGUGGAAUUCCGACGUGGGUCGGAGAGUCGAAACUCGACUGGAGCCUAUUCGAUCCAACCCCCUGUUCAGACGAAGACUAAAAUCAACCGGACCGCCUCCGACACGAAAAACGUGGAAAUGACGGUAAUGGCAAUGCGAGCUGCUCUGAAGAAUAAGCAAGCUGAAGCGGUAGGAGAUGUACUUGACAAACGAACCGCAUCCCCAACUAAAUCGAAACAGGAGGACCUUAUAAGAAACUUUGCAUCCGCUGCAUCUGCACGUUAUGCAAUGCUUGCUACUGGACAAAAAUCAAGCGGAAAUAGUGCAGCCUUGCGGCAUACCAUCACACCUAACGCUGGUGCAACUACAACAAAUGCAUCUAGUACGAAUUCUAGUACGAAUACAACACCGAGCAGUACACGCAGCAACCGUACUAGACUCUCUGAUAUACAGGGUUCACCAAAUAUGCAGAUGCGUGGUGGCGCACCGAUGCGUUGGCGACCCACCGAAGAACAUAUUGGAAAAUAUAAACUAAUCAAGACUAUUGGAAAAGGAAAUUUUGCUAAAGUGAAAUUAGCAAAACAUUUACCAACGGGUAAAGAAGUUGCAAUUAAGAUCAUAGAUAAAACACAGUUGAAUCCUGGUUCAUUGCAAAAACUAUUUAGAGAAGUUCGAAUUAUGAAAAUGCUAGAUCAUCCGAAUAUUGUCAAAUUAUUCCAAGUUAUUGAAACUGAAAAGACAUUAUAUUUGGUUAUGGAAUAUGCAUCCGGCGGUGAAGUGUUCGACUAUUUAGUACUUCGCGGUCGUAUGAAAGAAAAGGAGGCUCGCGUUAAAUUUAGACAAAUUGUAUCGGCUGUACAAUACUGCCAUCAGAAACGAAUAAUUCAUAGAGACUUAAAAGCUGAAAAUCUUCUAUUAGACAGUGAAUUGAAUAUAAAAAUAGCCGAUUUUGGUUUUUCAAAUGAAUUCACACCAGGAUCCAAGUUAGAUACAUUUUGUGGUAGUCCGCCAUAUGCAGCACCCGAAUUGUUCCAGGGUAAAAAAUAUGAUGGACCCGAAGUUGAUGUAUGGUCACUUGGUGUUAUAUUAUAUACGCUCGUUAGUGGAUCAUUACCAUUUGACGGCUCAACACUUAGAGAAUUACGUGAACGUGUACUCAGAGGAAAAUAUAGGAUUCCAUUCUAUAUGUCAACGGACUGUGAAAAUCUCUUACGUAAAUUCCUUGUAUUAAAUCCAGCUAAACGUGCUAGUCUAGAAGUUAUAAUGAGUGAUAAAUGGAUGAAUAUGGGUUUCGAAGAUGAUGAAUUAAAGCCAUAUAUUGAACCUAAACCAGAUCUCCAGGAUCCCAAACGGAUAGGUAAGACGGAAGCCUUAGUUGCAAUGGGCUAUUCUAAACAAGAAAUUGAAGAUUCAUUGUCACAAGUUCGUUAUGAUGAUGUGUUCGCCACAUAUUUGCUUCUUGGACGAAAGAGCACUGAUCCCGAAAGCGACGGUUCCAGGUCCGGGUCUUCCCUAUCACUGAGUAAUGUUACCGGUAAUGACGGAGCUGCAGCAGGUAAUUCAUCUGUACAGAGUCCAACACAUCGUGGUGUUAUACGAAGUAUUUCAGCUUCCAGUACAAAACCGAGUCGACGAGCUUCAAGCGGUGCCGAAACAUUACAAAUAUUCCAUCGUUUCAUAACAGGUGUUGGACCAACAAAUGCAGCAGCGGCAGCAGCUAUCACAUCAGGUGGAACUAAUCAUGCAGGAACUGGAGCGACCACUGGAACUGAUCGAUCAUCAAUAAGCAGUAACUUUAAACGACAGAACACCAUAGACUCAGCUACAAUUAAAGAAAACACCGCUAGAAUAGCUGCACAAAAUCAACGACCAGCUUCAGCCACGCAAAAGCCAGUAUCAUCGGCUGAUAAUAGUAAGAGCUCCAUUACAAGCCCCGCGAAACCACGUGCAUCCAAGUAUGAUCCACCAAAUGGUAACCGAACAGUCGGUCCAAGCGGUAUGAUUCCACGACGAUCGACAACACUUUAUGAAAAGACUUCAUCAACUGAAAAAACUAAUGUUCUCCCGACCGAAUCGAACUUUGCAACUGCUGUAUCUGAAUUGACCAGAAGUGGAUCGGCUGUGCCAAGUGGUAAAGGUCAUGUUAAAAGCGCUUCAGUCUCUAGUCCUGGUCCAUCAGCUGAUAACAGUGGCGCCACAAAUGACCCACUUGGAUCAAGUUUGCUCGAUCGCCUCAGAAUGACAUCAGCUGUUAAAUCUAGCAGGCACUUCCCCAGGAAUGUUCCAUCGAGGUCGACUUUUCAUUCGGGCCAAACAAGAUCACGAAAUAAUUCUGGACUUGAAUAUCCAGUUGGUGGUGCAACUGGAGACUCUCCGCAUCCAACUCGUGUUAGUUUCUUUUCGAAAUUAUCAUCGCGAUUUAGUAAACGGACGAAUCAAUAAAACUGAAAUUGCUUAGUGAAAAUAUGAAUAUAUUAAAAUACAUAGCUAUUUUGAAAAUAUAUCAAUGAAUCACAAAACACAAAGUAAUUAUUAUUACAUUUACCUUCUUGAACUACUAAAACGUAGUCGGCAUUUAAAUAAAGAAUUGUGUAAGAAAUCAAAUAAGUUUGUUGACUUCAUUAAUGUCUUGUUUUCAUAAAAUAUUUGAGUAAAACAAAGAAUAGCAUGGAAUCGAUUGAAAAUUUAAAUAAGGUAUCUUCAAUCAUAAAAUUUAAUGUACGGAAAAUGUGAUCUUCUGAAAAAUGUUUUAACUGAAAAGGACGUUUAAUAUGGUUUUUUUUGUUUCUAUUAUUUUUGGUGUUACAAUUCCAUGUUUAAAGCCACAGCUUAGGUGAUAAGUUUACACUUUUUUCCAAAGUGUAAAAACAGGAGAACGAGUUUUGAUAUCAAAUACAAUUAAAACGAAUAAGACAGAAUGAACUAAAAAUAUGGCAGCUGUGACCAUUUCAUUUUUCUAAUGAAUCAUUACAUAGUAAUAAGGAAUAAAUCCUCGAUUUUAAUUAGUUCAAGAAAGAAUGUUUCUUUUUUUCAUUUCCAUUUUAAAUAAAAUACCGUGAAGACCUGAAAGUAUCUGAGCCCAGAGCAGUAUUUUUGAAUGCCAGUGGAAUUAGUGAUUUAGAAUCCACCCUACCUUUGAAACAUGUUUGCGCAAAAUGUCUUUUAGCUCUAGAAAAUGAUGUCUAGAGUCAUUAAGAUAUUUCAUUUUCACAAUCUUACUCUAUUUAGAAGUAACGAACAAGUAACUAGAAAAUGUCUUCUAAAUGAGAGUUGUUUCACGAUCUGAAAAAUUUACCUCGAAAAAUGCACAUUGUGUUCGAAUUUUUUGUGUUGCUUUGAGUAGUAUGUUGAAGAACUUCCUAAGUUUUGUUACUCAAUCAAAUAACACGAUUUAUGUUUUUACGAUAUCCGCUAAAAGUGUGCUUGGAAAAAGAAAGAAUAAAAUAGUAAAUGAAAACUAUUAGAAAUUAUGGUGCUGAUAUCAAAAAAACCAUCGCCGGGCAGUGAAUUUUUCUUUCCAAAACUCUUAGACUGCACUCUCAUCGUUUCAAAAUUGAGCGAUUCCCACAAAGGCCAUGUAAAUCUAGCUAGAAAGUUAACGUUCCAAUUCACCGCUGGCGAACAGACUGUGUAGCUGUCAAUUAUAUAAAUGAAUUGAUUAGUAUUAAUCUUAGUAUUUCGUAAUUUUUGGUUCAUUUAAAUCCAAUACUAUCGUCUAGUCGGAUCGAUAUAUUGUUUAAUUUAUUAUCAUCAUUCUAAAGCUACUGCACAUAAGAUUUUUCAAUAUUUCAAUAGUAAUCGCAGUAGUUUUAGAACUUAUUUGUAAUGUAACGAGACAAAAUAAGAGAAUAACAUUUGAAAUGCUUGAGAAUGAUAACUUUUUUAACAAGUGGUAUAUCUGAGGAGUUGACUCAAAGGCAAAGACUGCAAUCUUGAUAUAUCUUUAGAAAUUUAAAAUUGUUGGCUAAAGUAUAAAGUAUGAAUGAAGAAAAAUAAAUGUGUGGUGAUAAGGAAAGGAAUAGAUCAAUUCAGUUUUAAAAAAAAAUAAAUUUCAAACAAUUUCGCUUCCGUAUAAUGCUGCUCCCUAAGCAAUUCAUUUUAAAUUUUGUGUUUUGUGAUCAUAUAGAUUUAGUAAAAAAACGCAAUCAAAAUAAUUUAGACGGAAACAAAGAUGUCCAGGGUAUCUAUAUCAACGUAUUCCAACUUGAACGUCGCAUCGAUUCAAUGCACUGUCCACAGUCCAAGAACGCCGAAAACCACUAUUUCAACAGGGGCAAAAACAAAAGUGAAGAAAAAAUCCACGAGGCUUGUUGGUUUCAGCUUCCAAAAUCUAUUGAGGACAAGAUUCGACAAAAAAAAACCACAAUCUAAAGUUAUACUAAGAAUAAAUAAAUGUUCUAGUUCAACGUUCCAUAUAUUACUAUAUGUGCUGAGAAGCAUUUUACUUGUUUUUAUUUUUUAUUAGAAAGAACACACACUGUAACUUCGGACGAACUAAAAAGUUUAUAUUGUAUUAAUGUUCUGCUACGCUUUAUUUGUAAGUGAAAUUAUAAUUAUGUUUAUUAAAAAAGAAAAUACUACAAAAAACCAAA